AUCCCACAUAAAUAAUAAGCAAGCAAGACAUCAGCUUGAAAUUUAUCAGUCGCCAUUUAAAAGUACAAUCCUGAAAUGAUGUUUAUUGACGUCCUUUACCUUUGAUCUGCCAUGAAAUUAUCGUAAUCAUCUUGGAUAACUCAUAUAGUCUUCAAUUGGUUUAUUUUGGUGGCCAUCAUGGCUGGAACAAGGACAUUUUUCGGCGUUAUAUCGGUGCUUUAUUUGUUGUCCGUCUUCGAAUUUUGUCGUGUGAAAGCAAAUGGAGUUCAGAUGCCUGCACCUUCGUUAGUUAGUAAUUGGUCAGCAGAAAUCAGCAAAGAAAUCACAAGAAAACUAGAUGAAGCUAGCGGUGUUGAGGAAGUUCAAAAACUCUAUAAGGACGAGGGGUUCAAGACUGUUUUUGUGAAUGGAUCCGAACUGGUGCUGACUGUUGCCAACAAGUGGCAGGAGAUGCUGCAGGACAAGAUGGUAGCCGUCAAUGCAAUUGUGAAAGCGUUGGAGGAAAGUUAUAAAAACCACAAUUACUCUAAUGAGUUAACGGAAAGCAAUGUAACGUAUUUCAAUGCAAAAACAAUGAGCAACUCAUCCAUCGACCUAACCUAUAAUGACAUGUUCAAGUCAUACGUCAAUACAACAUACAGCUCUGUUCAAAUACCCACGGACAUAUGGGUUGGAGAUAAAACCAUCUUGAAUGGCAUCCAGGCCACCAACUCUAUAGAUAAGGUCUUUCGGUCCAACUACGAGAAAGAUCCUCAGCUGCUGUGGCAGUAUUUUGGCAGUGCAGAUGGAUUCUACCGUUCCUACCCAGCGGCAGAGUGGAAGACGUCAGACCCCGAUCGAGAUCAGUAUGACGUUCGGAGAAGGGGAUGGUACAUCCAGGCAGCCAGCUCUCCAAAGAACGUCAUGAUCCUUGUAGACACGAGUGGCAGUACGUACGGUAUGACGUUAGAGAUCACUAAGGUGUCUGUUUCCAAGGCAUUGGAUACACUUGGCAAUGAUGACUUUGUCAAUGUGGCUUAUUUCAACUCCAGCGCAUACUUUGUCAGCUGUUUUGAAACAUUUAAGCAGGCCAAUCUUCGUAACAAAAAUCUUCUCAAAGCAAAAGUCAAGGAGCUGCAGGCCUUUGGCGUAGCAGACUUCAAAGUUGGUCUAGAGAAGGCAUUUCAGGCGUUCCAGAACUUCUCAAAGAUCGAGGAAGGAGGGCGUGAGAAUCAGAACCAAGGUGCGUCGUGUCAUCAAGUCAUCCUCAUAUUCACCGACGGAGGAGAGAUGAACGAGGAGGAGACUUUCAAAAAAUGGAACGAUCCGGUGAAGACUCGUGUCUUUGUAUUCAAAGUGGGAACUGAUUCUUUGGUGCCACAGCACGGGGUCAGGCAAAUGGCAUGCAGCAACAAAGGUUACUACAGUAAUAUUCAGUCGUUUGGUGCAGUGAGACUUACGACUUUGAAUUAUGUGCCUGUUUUGAGUCGUCCAAUGGUCUUGAGUGGCAAGAAGCAUUUCCAAUGGUCGGAUAUCUACUUGGACGUCUUGGGGUUAGGGAUGAUGACAACACUUACUCAACCUGUGUACAACAAGAGCGGAGAAAAUAUCGCUAACUCCAGCAGACAGAACCAGCAGAUGGUGGCAGUUGUAGGUACAGAUAUUACUACGAAGAACAUGGAGGACACUGUACCCCAGCGAAAGCCCGGGUACAACUCCGUGUAUAAUAAAAGCAUCGGACCAGAAGGCUACGCAUUUGGGAUAAACAGCAAUGGCUACAUUCUACUUCAUCCGAGACUGAAAGCGGAGGAGGAGAUCAAAGCUAUACUUGAGUUGGGUUAUCUGACUGAGCCACCAAAUGUAGACUUCUUGGAGGUUGAAUACAACUCGCCUAAGGAGAAGAAACAGCUACGUAUUGAUAUGAUUGACCAGCGGACUGGCCAAGUGGAGAUGUUUACACCAAUAAUGUCUCGAGAUGAGAGAUACCUUGAGUUUGUCAACAUGACCUACUCGUACACGUUCAUUGAAAACACAACAUUCAGUGUCGCUAUAGCUCAGCCGCGGUUUGGUCUCAUUGAGUGGGAACUGGCACCAAAGAUUACAUCGCUGCAAGGAAGUCUAGAUGCGAUCAUUACGGCUCAAGAUGGUGUCUUUCUGCUUAUUGCUCCAUGGGAGUUUUGUGCCAGCCAUGAUGGGCAGGAAGGAAAUACUUCCACUGAUAACAUCGUUGAAACGCUACAACAAGCUAUUAAUAACAUCGGUGGAACUGAUGUCAAACUGGAGACAUGUAAUGAUGAGAUGGUACGGAAUCUUCUAGUCGAUGCUGACAUCACCAAGACGGUCGGUGAAUACUGGAAAGAGACGCAGACCUCCAACCCAGCCGCGUUUGAGGGUAUUUUGUACAACAUUGUCGCUGCCAAUGGAGGAGUCACCAGAAUCUAUCCCAGCAGCGUCGCAGAAAAAUGGAGUAAAGACGAGCUUCGUGCCAUUCAGGAUCCCUGGGACCAGGCGUACUUCCAGAGGGCGCUAUACAACAAAAAUUACGUCUUUUCUGUCCCAUACAACAAAGGUAUGAUGCCUCUACCGGUGAACGAAACAUUCUUGACACCAAUACGAGUCAGCAAAGCAGCCAACGUCGAGGUCAACGCUGGUCAUGCGAUCUCACAUGCUGUGGUUGCCGUAUAUCUUGACUCUUCUGUUUUCAAUGACAUCUGGAUAAAGUUGACCAAGAAGGGGUUUAAUAACAAGGAGAGUGACGCCAUAUCUUGCACCAAUGAAAGUAUCCAUUGUACUGUCCUUGACGAUGGCGGUUUCAUCAUAGCCACCAAUCAGGAGGAUCAGCAGGGAACAGUUGGCAGUUUCUUUGGACUCCACGACGGUGACUUGAUGGCAGUCUUGAAAAAUGAAACAGUCUACAAGCUGAUGCAGAUGAACGAUUUCCAGGCGGCUUGUGCGAGGCAGCAGGAUGAUACCUCUGCUUCCGCUCCUAGAUCAGUCAAAAUUCCGACCAUUUCUGACGUCAUCAACUUCAACUCCUGGGCAGCCACAGCUGCAUGGUCAUUCCUGCGUCACUUUCUGUAUGACAUGCUGUUUUUAGGCGUCACAGAUUACUCAAAUCACUUUGCGGAAGCUGAUGAGAUCCAACAGUCUGAAAAUGUCAGCUGCAUCAAGAUCCUUCAGCAGUUCUACUACGGUGAAGUCAAAAACGCCUUUGGAGAAAUAUCAUGUGGAUACUGUAACAGGCUGUGGCGAUCGAGCCGGAUCGAGGGCACCAACCUUCUUCUGGUGGUUACGGAGAGAAAUUGUGAUAACUGCACCAAUCAGGUGGUGAAGCAAGCCCCACUGGAGCCUGAUCUCUCAAAGGGUGAAGGACCAGAUCCGUGUACAGCUGAACCACAGUACCGCAAGAGACCAACGGAACACUGUUAUGAUUUUGACCCCAAUGAGUCGGUUUUGAAGUGCAGCUCUGCCUCGGUUCUAAGAUGCUAUCUUCCCCUCCUCCUUGGUCUUCAUCUAGUCUUCGUCAUCUUCACUCGGAUGAUCUCAGAUUGAUCCUUCAAGAUCUCCCUUCUUGACUAUCUUCCCGUAUUUUUUCUUCUUUUUGUAAAUAAAAUCUUUUACAAUCAUUCAACUUCUUCAAACAAGAAGUCUUAUUAUAUGUUAAAUGCACACAUUUUUUAUAUAUAUACAAAUUAUUACAGCUCUGUUUUGAAUUUUAUUGUUGCAAUAAUAUUAUAUGUAUCAUAAGUUUAUCUGUUUGUGUACAUAUUAUUUGGUACAUUUUAAAAGUUGUGGAGGGUAUGAGUAAGUGUUGUUUUUUAUGGUUUGGAUAACAGUUUUAUUUUUUGGAUUACAGUAACUAUAAAAAAAAAAGUGGUUUAUUACUUCGUCGUGCUGUGGUCACCUUUGUACGGUGCCCUGUAUACACAAUGAAUAAUAGAGUUUUAACCCUUGUUUCUCAACAUGAGUGCCAGACUCUUUUUUUUCUUCUAACCACUUUUGCCUCAUAAGGCUGUUUUUUUUUCUCUCGAAAGUACAGCUUCGACACCGUCGCUCUGUCUUGUACCAAUGUUUUCAUAGUUGACGAACCCCAAAGGACUACAACAAAUUGUAUGUUAUCAAACCAAGAUGGCUGCUAUAUGAUAGGACAAAAACAUUUUGUGAAAGCUCAGUUAAAGAACUCAUGAAUUUGGCCACCAAGGCUUAAAAAUUAUACCCCAUUUUUUCAGGGAGUGAGUGCUUUUACAACUUGAUGGAUAAACAACUAAUGUGCCUGGGACAAUCAGCAACACUACUUAUUUGGACUUUUUGAAACAGAAAAACUACAUGGAGAUAACAGUUGCGAGUUGGUCAACACAAAAAGGAUGUAUCAUUCUGGCCCCUUUCUUUCAUGAAGCUUUACUGUAACCAAGUUUAGUGUUUGUUAAUUUUGUUUACCCAUACACCGAUGUGUGUUAGCAUUGUAUAUUCGGUACUUCCCGGAGUGCUGUGAAGAAAUAUCACAUGCUUGCUACUUGGGUGGGAUUCAAACCCACGACCCUUGCAAAUUCUAGAGCAGUGUCUAACCAUCUAGACUACCAAGAUUGCCCGGUAGCUAGAGGCAGGAGAUGUUGUCUGUGCUGAUGCUAGAAAACAAAUUUUCCAAAUUAUGACUUUGGAUUUCUGUAAGGUUGCAUGCAGCCAUGGUGCACAUCGAUUCAAUCCUGAAGGAAAGUGCAUUUUAUCCAAAACCAAUGUUAUGUCUCAAUAGUAGAGUGUUGUACUAUCGCUUACUCUAAUUUGUUCAGUAACAAAUAUUCGUACUAUAACUUUUAAACAGUCAUGUUCAAUCCAAGUAUUCAACAGAGACUUGUAGUUACCAAAGAACUUUUUUUCCAGCUUCAUCUGUAGUUAUAGACGCCCUUCAGAGCCAAGUCGGAGAGAUUCAUUUUUGUAGUUUAGAAAAUCGGGUAUGUGGUAUCAUUCAUUGGAUCUGAAGUAAACAUGAAUUAUUCCAUUUGAAAUUUAUCACUAGAUAUUAGAAAAAUUGUGAGAUCUGUGAGUGGAUGUAAUGUAAUCAAGCUUGCUUUUGUUUCUAGCCGACAAAAAAAACCCAACUCUGACACCAUGCAGCCAUGGUGUUGUUGUUAUGUUGUCUGUUCAAACACAAAAACCUGUUUGGACCUCACUUUUACGCUGUCACAACUGCGAGUGCCAAACUCAUUGCAAAAAAGCACAAGUUUCAUGCAAUGCAAUCAUAUUAACCAUAUCACUGUUAAAUCAGGUGUGCCAAUCAAAACAAAAGUACACCGCUUUCUCCAGAAGCCGAUCAGAGCAUACUGAUCGAAACAUCGAGUUAGAACCAACGGUUCUUUACAGAACCACCCCAACUCAUUUAGAGAUAAUCACCCCGACUCGUUUAGAGAUGACCACCCCGACUCAUUAGAGAUACAUGUAGCAAGGGUGUUACCGCAAACCUUUCCAUAAAAUAAAUGGGUUUAAAUUAUUCCUUAUAAAGUGCAGAUUUUUGCCAACCCUGUGAACAUUUGUUUUAAUAGCCAAUGCUGCACGUACAAUUGUUGACAAGUGUUGGUAAACACAAAGGGAUGUUUACUCGGAAGCAAUUGUUAAAUGGUCACUUGAUAUUUUGUAAAACAGUACUCUUGAAUGUAUUUGGGAUAUAGGGAACCAAACAAUCAUGGCGGUGGGAUGGGUUAGGUGAAGAAAGAAGAGUGACUGUUUCGUUGUGCAAUAACUUUUUGGUAAAAUCUAUGUAGCUGUAUUCUUGCGUAGUGGUGUCUGCAGUUUUCGGGAACUAUUUAUCCAGUACUUCUCUAUAUAUAUAUUUUGUUCUUUCUCGAAGCACUAUCAAUGUUUUCGUAACUACGCCCAUUUGUAACUAUUUAAAAGUAAACAACUAUUUAGUGAAGGCUUUUACGCUCUAUUUAUCUGUCAACAAUUUUAAUCAAUAGUAUUCAAACUUGGAGUUUGACCUUUAAAAAGUAUUUUAAUCUUUCUCAACGAGUAAACUCACUUUGAUGAGAUUGAAUGUCUUAAUCUAAAAAUUGAUAACGAGAACAAAUUUCUGAAGUUUGUUCCGAAAUAUACAAUGUUGGAGGCAAUUAGAAUUACAAUCACACAUUACUGCAAUUAUAGUGGUGGAUCAUAUUGAUGUAUUCUUCGUCGGGCACGUGUAAGUCGUUCGUUUACGCGCAGUCGCACGUUUGUUGUCUUCGUAAAUUGAACGUAAGGUUCCAUACUGACCACCUAAAAUUACGGCUGGUUUAGGAGACUAGAA